AUGGAUAAGAGGAGGCAAGAAAUUGAAGCAAAGAGGGCAAAGCUCGCAGAACUACGGAAAGCAAGAGCCGAUCGUCAGCGUGGGGAGGUUGAAAGAAGAAACGAGCUAGCAGCCGGUCCUUCUGCUUCGAAGAAAGAUGUAGACGACCUCGUAAAUGCUCUCGUGGGCGGUCGCAGUGGCUUAGACAGCGGCGAACUGACACCCUCGUCUUCGAUGCCCGGGACACCUUCUGUAGGGCGCCAUAUUAGCCUACCUGGCAUUGUAAGCGGGAUUUCUCCACGAUCAGGAUCGGGAAGGGCAAGCAGGCAAAGUGACUUUGCAGAGAGGCUGAGCGCAGAAGGGAGCGUAGCGGUGCCUGGAUCAAGUAAUGCGGCUACGGACAAUGUCAUUGAGCGCUCUAUGACACCUAGAACUCUCCCUGUUCUAGUGGAUAUUGAGCAAGAACUGUUCGAGUACCCCCAGAAAGAACGCGUCAUAUAUAACAAAGAAGUACAGACGACUUCUGUGGAAACAGAACCUUCAGCAGACUAUGAAGCUGAAAUUCGUCAGCGCAUUGCUAAAGAAAAGGAAAUCGAAUUGGAGCGGGUUGCGCGCGAGAAGGAACUUGACGAAGAAAGUGUAAAGCUUGACCAAGAAAUUGAGCAAGAGAUUCGCGAAUUAUCGGAAGAAGAAAGGGCUAGCAUCCUUGCUGCCCCUGAGUUUCUUGAAUUCGUAGAACAGUCCUCAAAGAUCGUUCAAAGAGCUCUUAAUGAUGGUUAUGAUUAUAUUCGUGAUUACACCGUGGACGCUGAGUCUGGGGGAGAUGACUCGGAGGGAAAGCGCGUCAAGCGUGUCUGCGAGUUCUGGGACGAGCGCUAUGGAAAAAAUCGGUCCAUAACGGACAUCGAUUGGUCUCCAAAAUAUCCCGAACUAAGCGUGGCGUCCUAUAAUAAAAAUUCUGCAGCGUUGAACGAACCAGAUGGCAUAGUAGCAGUUUGGAAUCUGCACAUGUUGGAACGACCUGAAUUCAUCUUCCAUUCGCAGUCGGAUGUACUCUCCGUCACAUUCUCACCUUUCCAUGCCAAUUUAAUAUUUGGUGGUACCUACUCAGGUCAAAUCCUUUUAUGGGACACGCGAUCCAAACACCUUCCCGUGCUGAAAACACCUCUCUCCGCUUCGGGGCACACGCAUCCAGUAUAUGCUAUGCAAAUGGUUGGCACCCAAAACGCGCACAAUCUAAUUACAAGUAGUACAGACGGGACUGUAUGCAGUUGGCUGGUCGACAUGUUGGCUCAGCCACAGGAAACCCUUGAACUCGUUCACGCAGGGCACAACAAAACCGCUGAGGUGUCAAUAACGACGCUCGAUUUCCCUGACAAUGAAACGACUACCUUCUGGGUCGGCACUGAAGAGGGUAACGUCUAUCAGGCGAACCGAUACGACCGCGCGGGCGCCAAAGCCGGGCUAAACCAGUACGACGUGUACAAAGGCCACGCCGGGCCAGUUAUGGGCAUGCACUUCCACCCCCUCGUUGGACCUGUAGACUUCUCCGAUCUAUUUUUGACCAGCUCGGUCGAUUGGACGGUCAAGCUAUGGCGUGCAAAGUCGCUCCAGAAGCCGUCAACGACGCCGCAUACGAUCUCACCCGUUUAUUCGUUUGAUGAAGCGGAUGAUUAUGUGUAUGAUGUAAAAUGGCAUCCUGCACAUCCUGCAAUGUUCGGUACCGUUGAUGGAUCUGGCAAGUUCGAUCUGUGGAAUCUGAACACUGAUACAGAGGUCCCAGUGGUUUCAACAACGGUGGGUACUGGACGCGCCAUCAACAAGCUGCAAUGGGACAGAAAGGAAGGUCGCAGAGCAGCUCUGGGAGGCAGCGAUGGCCGUUUGUACAUCUAUGAUAUCGGAGACAUGGCCUUACCUCGCGAAUCCGAGUGGACUGACAUGCAAAAGACGAUCGCUUCGAUCGCUGGUAGUGGACAGGCAAAUGGUUCUGCUGAGAGUGAUGCCACUCGGAUUGUCGCUGGACGAUGA